AUGAGUGUUAGAGUGUUGAAACCUCUUAGAUCAAGUUUUUUACCUUUGUUUGGUGGAUUAACUGUUGCUGCUAUUGGUGGUUAUUAUUUAUAUGAUUCAAGAUCUGCUAUUCAUGAAUAUGUCCUUUGUCCCUUAAUUAGAAAUUUUACAACUGCUGAGCAAGGUCAUAAAUUAGGUAUAUUUUUCAUGAAAUAUGGAAUAUCUCCAAAAUUAUUAGAUGAAGGUUAUAAUGAUCAAAGUGAUGUACUCGGUGUUUCUGUAUUCAAUAAAAAUUUAAAAAAUCCGAUUGGUUUAGCUGCUGGUUUAGAUAAAGAUGGAGAAGCAAUUGAUUCAUUAUUCAAUUGUGGGUUUUCAUAUGUUGAGAUAGGUUCAAUUACUCCUGAACCGCAACCAGGUAAUCCUGAACCAAGAUUUUUUAGAUUACCAAGAGAUGAUGCAGUUAUAAAUAGAUAUGGUUUUAAUUCGACUGGUCAUUAUAACGUAUUGGCAACUUUAAAAUUGAGAUUUAGUAAAUAUUUACAAAAAUUUCAAAGAAGUGGUGAAGAACCAUCUUCAAAUGCUUUUCAAAAUGGUAAAUUACUCGGUAUUAAUCUAGGUAAAAAUAAAAAUGGUGAUGAGAUUCAAGAUUAUGUUAAAGGUGUAGAAAGAUUAGGUCCAUUUGCUGAUGUUUUAGUUAUUAAUGUUUCUUCACCAAAUACUCCAGGUUUAAGAGACUUACAAAAUGAAUCAAAAUUAACUAAUCUUUUAUCAACGGUUGUAAAUACUAGAAAUUUAUUGAAACGGAAUGUAUUAGGCCUGAAACCACUAAUUUUAGUUAAAAUUGCUCCUGAUUUAACUGAACCUGAACUUGAAUCAAUUGCAAAUUCAGCAAAACAAGCAAAUGUAGAUGGGAUAAUUAUUUCAAAUACAACUAUACAAAGACCAAAAGUUAAAUUAUUAACUACUGAUGAUAAAUUAAUUAAUGAAGCUGGUGGAUUAUCAGGUAAACCUUUAAAACCAUUAUCGUUAAAAGCUUUGAAAUUAUUACGUAAAUAUACCAAAGAUUCAAAUUUAGUAUUAGUUGGUUGUGGUGGUAUUUCAAAUGGUAAAGAUGCUUUAGAAUUUGGAAAAGCUGGUGCUACUUUUAUUGAAUUAUAUACUGCAUUUGCAUAUAAAGGACCAGGAUUAGUUGCAAAAAUAAGAGAUGAAUUAGCACAAGAGUUGAGAAAAGAAGGUAAAACUUGGCAACAAAUAAUUGGUGAGGAUGAUAAAUAA